GCAGCCGCCCGGGGGGGUCGCGCGAAUGUGGGCAGGGUGGGCCGGCCCUGAACGCGCAUGCGCCUCAGCGAGGGAGAUGGAGGCGCACGCUGGGCUCUCUGGGUAGCGUAGUCCCUUGACAGCUCACACCCGCACCGGCUCUUCGCACGUCAUCGCCUCACAUUUUCCCCACGCACCGCUAAUGACUUUCUCGUUAAUUGCUGUCCGCCGCCCCGGUGUACGGUGCACCGGGGGUAGUCCGUUAUUUGCAUCUGGUCCGUCGUGGGCGCCGGUGGGGAAAUGGUAAUGGAGGAGGGACGUCCGGGCCCCUCAAAACCCGCCGGUGACAGGCGGCCCCAGAAGCGGGAGAAGAAGAACAAGCAGCACGACAAGCAACAGCCCUGCGAGGGUUUCAGUAUUAAAGCCAUGAUGAAAAACAGCGUGGUAAGAGGGCCCCCACCUGCAGGAUCAGUAAAAGAAAGACCAGCAAAACACACAGCUUUUCGCAAGUUUUAUGAGAGAGGAGACUUUCCAAUUGCUGUUCAGCAUGAGUGUGGAGGAAACAAAAUCGCCUGGAAGGUACAGAUUGAAGAGCUGGACUAUCAUUACUUUCUGCCUUUGUUCUUUGAUGGGCUUUGUGAAACGGAAUUUCCAUAUGAGUUUUUUGCUCGUCAAGGAGUCCAUGACCUGCUGGAGCAUGGUGGAAACAGGAUUCUUCCUGUUGUUCCUCAGCUCAUUAUCCCAAUAAAAAAUGCACUGAACCUUCGUAACCGACAGGUCCUCUGCACCACGCUGAAAGUCAUCCAGCACCUGGUGGUGUCAGCUGAAAUGGUGGGGGUGGCCUUGGUGCCCUAUUAUCGGCAAAUUCUCCCAGUCCUAAACAUCUUUAAGCACAUGAAUGUUAAUUUAGGUGAUGGGAUAGAAUACGGUCAACAGAAACGUGAAAAUAUUGGAGUUCUCAUCCAAGAGACACUGGAACUCUUUGAACGCUACGGUGGAGAAAAUGCUUAUAUAAACAUUAAAUACAUGAUUCCUACUUAUUGGUCGUGCAUGUAAACUGAAUUAUAUUAAAUGGGAUGAUUCCAUCUGUGCUCUGAAAAACUAUCUGAGUCUGUAUGGCAUCUUGUUAGUCAUGCUUUAUCUUCUCUACAGCUGCUAAAAUAGUGGCUUCUGGGGCAUUGGAGUGUUAGCACUAUUGUGAACAAGGCUUUCCAAUACAUAAAUAGUGUCUGUUCCUUUGAUUACAAUGGUGUACUGUGCUUGUUUGUUCCCUGAAAGAAUCACUCCUUUAUAACAGAGCUGACUCGAACAGGAAUCUGAGUUAAACCUUCACUUGUGUAGACAAUAAAACUAUAAUUUUCAUACGCGA